GGUUGUUUUCUGAAGAGAAUUCUCCUUUUGCGGGCUGGCGCCUUGGUUGUUUAUUUUAUUAUUAUCUUGAUUUUAAGUUGUUUUAACCACACCUUUCUAGGUUUGUUGGCGUUUUUAGUCAUUUAGAUAGCCAGAGUUUUAAUCCCCGAAGAGUUUUAAGUUAACAGAUAACGGCGAGUCCUGUUCAGGUUGCAGUGUUAGCUACGAGGAGGGUUCCUGCCCCCUCGAGUAUGAGGUCACAAUGAAACGGCGUUUGGAGGAACAGGAAGCAGUUUUUGGCUCUCAGCAGCGGCGACCCCCGGCCAGCACGGAGGGCUUCCAGCACCGCGUCCUCGCACCUGCACCUGCCGUGUAUGAGCCGGUGGCAGACAGCAUGCAGCCCACCUCAGGCAUCCAGUACCCCGCCCCUCAGGGCUACCAGGUCCCUGCAGUAGCACAGAGCUCCAGUAAUCAUGGACACACCCCCAGCCCUGCGGUGCAUGGAGGGCCACACCACCACAGUCCUGCUGUGCAGCCCCAUGGGGCGCAGGUGGUGCAGGGCCACGCCCACCCCCCCUCCGCACCCACCCCCGCACAGGGCCAGCAGCAGUUCCAGAGGCUGAAGGUGGAGGAUGCUCUGUCCUACCUGGACCAGGUGAAGCUGCAGUUUGGGAGUCAGCCUCAAGUCUACAAUGACUUCCUGGACAUCAUGAAAGAGUUCAAGUCCCAGAGUAUCGAUACCCCGGGCGUGAUCAGCAGGGUAUCUCAGCUCUUUAAAGGCCACCCUGAUCUCAUCAUGGGCUUCAACACCUUCCUGCCGCCAGGCUACAAGAUCGAGGUUCAGACAAACGACCUGGUUAACGUGACCACACCAGGACAGAUCCACCACAUCACCCCCCAUGGCAUAUCGGUGCAGAACAUCCCCCCAGCCCCACCCCCCCAGCACCAGGCCCAGCUGCCUGCCCCCACCACCACUGCUGCCCCGCCCCCUCCCACCCAGCCCACCCCAGCCAAGAUCAGCAAGCCUCUUCAGUGUCCAGCACUGACCCCCACCAGCCAGCCCAACCCCUCCAUCCCUCCGUAUGCGUCUCCGCGCUCCCCCCCGGUGCAGCCGCACACCCCCGUCAGCAGUGCCCCGCCCCUGCAGAACAACCAGCCUGUGGAGUUCAACCACGCCAUCAACUACGUGAACAAGAUCAAGAACCGCUUCCAGGGCCAGCCUGACAUCUACAAGGCCUUCCUGGAGAUCCUGCACACCUAUCAGAAGGAGCAGCGGAAUGCUAAGGAGGCGGGGGGCAGCUACACCCCAGCACUGACGGAGCAGGAGGUUUACGCCCAGGUGGCCAGACUCUUCAAGAACCAGGAGGACCUGCUGUCCGAGUUUGGCCAGUUCCUGCCAGACGCCAACAGCUCAAUGCUGCUGGGAAAGACCACUGCUGAGAAGGUAGAGUCUGUACGCAACGACCAUGGCGGCACAGUUAAGAAACCACAGCUCAAUAACAAGCAGAGACCCAACCAGAAUGGUUGUCAGAUCCGCCGGCACUCUGGGGGUGGAGCCACUCCUCCUGUCAAGAAGAAGCCCAAAUUGCUGAAAGAUCCGUCCAUGGCAGAGGCCAGCAAACAUGGCGUUGGCACUGAGUCUCUGUUUUUUGAAAAGGUGCGGAAAGCCCUGCGCAGUGCUGAGGCCUAUGACAACUUCCUGCGCUGUCUGGUCAUCUUUAACCAGGAAGUGAUUUCCCGUACAGAGCUGGUGCAGCUGGUGCUGCCCUUCCUGGGGAAGUUCCCAGAGCUCUUCACCUGGUUCAAGAACUUCCUGGGGUACCGGGAGUCGUCCCACAUCGAGCGCUUCCCGAAGGAACGUGCCACCGAGGGCAUCGCCAUGGAGAUUGACUACGCCUCCUGCAAGAGGCUGGGCUCCAGCUACAGAGCCCUGCCCAAGAGCUACCAGCAGCCCAAGUGCACCGGGAGAACACCCCUGUGCAAAGAGGUUCUGAAUGACACCUGGGUGUCCUUCCCCUCCUGGUCUGAAGACUCCACCUUCGUCAGCUCCAAGAAGACUCAGUAUGAAGAGCACAUCUACAGGUGUGAAGAUGAACGCUUUGAGCUGGAUGUGGUGUUGGAGACCAACCUGGCCACCAUCCGCGUACUGGAGACAGUGCAGAAGAAGCUGUCGCGCAUGUCCGCAGAGGAGCAAGCCAAGUUCCGCCUGGACAACACCAUGGGCGGCUCCUCGGAGGUCAUUCACCGCAAGGCCAUCCAGAGGAUAUACGGAGACAAGGCCCCUGACAUCAUCGAUGGUCUGAGGAAGAACCCCGCCGUCUCCGUCCCAAUCGUCCUCAAGAGGUUGAAGAGUAAAGAAGAUGAGUGGAGAGAAGCUCAGAGAGGCUUCAACAAGAUCUGGAGGGAACAGAACGAGAAGCACUAUCUGAAGUCCCUCGACCACCAGGGCAUCAACUUCAAACAGAAUGACACCAAGGUGCUACGCUCCAAGACUCUGCUCAAUGAGAUCGAGAGCAUCUAUGACGAGCGUCAGGAGCAGGCAUCAGAGGAAAAUGCCCCCCCUCCCAGCGGCCCCCACCUGACGCUGAGCUAUGAAGACAGCCAGAUCCUAGAGGACGCCGCCGCCCUCAUCAUCCACCACGUGAAGCGGCAGGCUGCCAUCCAGAAGGAGGACAAGUACAAGAUCAAGCAAGUGAUCUACCACUUCAUCCCUGACCUGCUGUUUGCCCAGCGGGGGGCGCUCUCCGACCUUGAGGAGGAAGAGGAGGAUGACAUGGAGCUAGAUGAGGGCGGGGCCAAGAAGCACAAUGGCGUGGCGGCCAGCCGUGGCACCAGUCCCACCAAGUCCAAGCUCCUCUUUGGAAACACGGCUGCCCAGAAGCUGCGCGGCAUGGACGAGGCCUACAACCUCUUCUACGUCAAUAACAACUGGUACAUCUUCCUGCGGCUGCACCACAUCCUGUGCUCACGGCUGCUGCGCAUCUACGGGCAGGCGGAGCGGCAGAUCGAGGAGGACAUCCGCGAGCGUGACUGGGAGAGGGAGGUGCUGGGGCUCAAGCGUGAGAAGAACGACAACCCCGCCAUCCAGCUGCGCCUGAAGGAGCCCAUGGACAUUGAGGUGGAAGACUUCUACUCUGCCUUCCUGGAGAUGGUGCGGAACCUGCUGGACGGGAACAUGGAUGCCUCCCAGUACGAGGACUCACUGCGGGAGAUGUUCACCAUCCAUGCCUACAUUGCCUUCACCAUGGACAAGCUCAUCCAGAGCAUCGUCCGCCAGCUCCAGCACAUUGUGACGGAUGAGAUCUGCGUGCAGGUGACAGACCUGUACCUGUCGGAGUGUUCCAGCGGUGCGACGGGGGGAACUCUGGCCACGCAGAGCUCCAGGGCCGCCGCGGAGGGGGCUUACCAGCGCAGAGCCGAGCAGAUCAUGUCCGACGAGAACUGCUUCAAGCUGAUGUUUGUGCGCAGCAGAGGGCAGGUGCAGCUGACAGUUGAGCUGUUGGACACAGAGGAGGAGAACUCAGACGAGCCUGUGGAGGCAGAGCGCUGGUCAGAUUAUGUGGAGCGUUACCUGAACUCAGACUCCACCUCACCUGAGCUCCGGGAUCACCUGGCCCAGAAGCCGGUUUUUCUCCCCAGAAACCUGCGUCGGAUUCGUAAGCAGCAGCGGGGGCGGGAGCAGCAGGAGAAGGUGGGGCAGAAGGCUGCGGAGAGUGCAGAGGACCUGAAGAUGGAGUGCAUGUUCAAGCUUAACUCCUACAAAAUGGUAUAUGUCUUCAAGUCAGAGGACUACAUGUACCGGCGCACAGCCCUGCAGAGGGCACACCAGUCCCAUGAGCGUGUCAGCACACGGCUUCACCAGCGCUUCCAGUCCUGGGUGGACGCAUGGGUGAAGGGUCAUGUGACGCGCGAGAUGUUGGCUGAAUGCAACAGGUGGCUGAUGGGAGACGGGAGGGAGGGGCUACUGCCCUGCACCACGGUAUGCGAGCCGGAAACCCUGCACUUCAGGAGCAUCAACAAAUAUCGCGUCAAGUACAGCCCCACCCUCAAGGCGCCGUAACCACGGCGCCAGCGCCGUCAGCACUGGCCCACAG